UCAGAAGUAGGAAUGUACUAACUCAUCAAUUUUGUGUUUGUAAUGUUACUUCAUGUUCUUUUUGAGUUUUUCACUUUCCACUCCAUUCCAUCUAGUACCUAACUUAUAUUCCGCCUCUUUCCAUCCCUCCAAGGACAUACUUUUGCUAAUUUCUUUACGAUAAAUUUAAAUUACAUUUUGAAACGUCAUGAGUGAUGAUGAAAUUGGAAGGAUUCACGACCCUAAUGCAGAAGCAGGAAUCUCAGGAGAGGAAGAAUUCCCUCACGACGAAGGGAGUGGGGCUGAGAAUGCUGAUAAGACGAAACAAAAUGAAAAACCAAAAGUAGUAAGGAAGAAAAAGGGUCAUCGACCUGUAUUGAAUGCUGAGAGACUUGUGGGUCCCCGUGGUCUGGCCCAUAUGGAUAAACAUUUCUUUACCAUGAGACUGUAUGGAAGGACCCGCACUGUCAAGCGAGACUACGACAAAGUUUUAAGAGGUCUGGAAAUGUGGAGCCAUCAACUUUACCCAGCUGGCAAUUUUGAUGACAUCCUGAAGAAAAUCGAGCACCUGGGUAACAAUAGACGUGUCAAGAACUACGUAAACCGGAUAAAAUUGGGGCUUGAAGACACUGAUGAAGAUUCAGGAUUGGCCAGUGAAGAUCCUCUCUCUUCUCCUCCUCAGGCAUCACCAGACACUGAUGAUAAUGCAUCACCAAACACUGAUGAUAAUGCAUCACCAAACACUGAUGAUGCGCUUGAUGCCAUAUUUUCAUCCCAACCAAUGCGACCCUCACCCCCAGCUGCAUCAUCAUCAAGACAGACCUUAACAGAACAGCAGCAAGAGAGGAUGCUUCAAAAUCGUAAGAUUGCUGAAGAAAGAAAAGCAAAACGGCUGAAACAACUCCAAGAAAUGAACGCAUCUCAAAAGACUCAGACUUCUGAUGAGUCAACUUCUUAAACGUACAGUUCCUAAUCUUGUUAGGUAUUUUUAGGGUUACUUUCGAAUAUUGAUUUUUUUUACCAAGUGUGUCCUUAUGUAUGUAUGGAUUAGACAUAGUUAAUUUUGUUAAUUAAUUGACUUACCAUUAAAAAUACUUGUUUUUUUA